AGGUUCGAUACAGUAGCCAGACAGCUUCUGUACGGCCACGCGCAAUUAUAAUUUCCUCUAUCAUCAAUUUGUGCGAGAGAACUGGCUCUCGCUGGAUGUGAAUUCUGAAACAUAUUAAGACCAACAUUUCCGUUUUCGAAAUUCUCUGGCUACGCAAAGAUGUGGAAAUCAGCUGUAGGACAUAACGUGAGCGUUAAGGUGGCUUCAGAGGGGGAUGACUGGGAGACUGACCCAGACUUUGAGAAUGAUGUGUCAGAACAGGAACAGAGAUGGGGUGCCAAGACCAUUGAGGGAUCUGGUCGAAAAGAACAUAUUAGUGUAGCGGAGCUGAGACAGACAGUGUCUCAGGAGCAUGAGGUGGUGAAGAAAAAGGAGCUGUCAGAGGCUCCCAAGGCCUCAUAUGGUUAUGGAGGGAAGUUUGGAGUGGAGAAGGAUCGCAUGGACAAGGGGGCAAUGGGGCAUGGCUAUGUAGCGCAGGUUGAGCAGCACUCAUCUCAGACAGAUGCAAAGAGAGGAUUCGGGGGGAAAUUUGGAGUGCAGAAAGACCGCGUGGAUAAGUCGGCCAUGGGUUUCGAAUACAAAGGAGAGGUGGAGCAGCAUGCGUCUCAGAAAGACUAUUCCAAGGGUUUUGGAGGGAAGUUUGGGGUGGAGAAGGAGAAAGUGGACAAGGCUGCCUUGGGUUAUGACUACAAGGGGGAGACAGAGAAACACCAGUCUCAGAAAGACUAUUCAAAGGGUUUUGGAGGGAAGUUUGGGGUGGAGAAGGAGAAAGUGGACAAGGCUGCCUUGGGUUAUGACUACAAGGGGGAGACAGAGAAACACCAGUCUCAGAAAGACUAUUCCAAGGGUUUUGGAGGGAAGUUUGGGGUGGAGAAGGAGAAAGUGGACAAGGCUGCCUUGGGUUACGACUACAAGGGGGAGACAGAGAAACAUGAGUCCCAGAAAGAUUAUGCCAAAGGCUUUGGGGGACGCUAUGGAGUCCAGAAAGACCGCAUGGAUAAGAGUGCAGUGGCCUUCACUGACAUGGAAUCUCCUACCUCUGCCUAUGAAAAGACACUGCCAUUGGAGGCCUCCAGUGAAGGGGCAGGUAACUUAAAAGCUCGCUUUGAGAACUUAGCUCGGUCUUCAGAUGAGGAGAACAGGAAGCGAGCAGAGGAGGAGAGAGCCAGGAGACAAGCUAGAGAGAAGAGGGAACAGGAGGAGGCUAGAAGAAGAGAAGCGGAGCAGAGCAGCAGGGUGGAUGAAGAAGAGGAGCAGCCACCUCCACCUGUCCCACACACCAACAGGAAUCCUCAACCACCACAGUUGCCCGCUGCUAGAGCAUUGCCUCAGAUACCAAGAGAUGAGCCGGCGCCACAGGAAGAGGAGUCAGAUGAGGAACAACCCCCUUGCUUGCCCCCACGGUACAUUGACCAGCUUGAAGAAGAGACCCUUAAGGAGGACCCAUUAGACCCAGAACUAGAGGAUGAGGGAGAGUAUGAGGAUAUUUCACCAACACCUCUACAUGCCCCACAACCUGAUCCAGCUGAGGAUAAUGACUACGAAGACCUGACCAGCGGUCAGACGGCAGUGGCCAUUUAUGACUACCAAGGAGAGGCGGACGAUGAGAUCUCCUUCUAUCCGGAUGAUGUCAUCACCAACAUAGAGAUGAUAGAUGAAGGCUGGUGGAAGGGACAGUGUCAUGGACGUUUCGGCCUCUUCCCUGCCACAUUUGUGCGACUGAUCCAGUGAGCUUGUCUAGACAGUCUCCAACACACAAGCUUGUAGGUCUCUUCAAAGCAGAAACAUAAGCGCAGUUGUCUUACUGGUACAGUUAGACUUUUCCAUGUGUAUUCUGGUCAAUAGAUUUAUAAGUGGUCCGUAGUCAUAUAACGGGUAAUCAUUGUGCUUCCUACUGCUCAGGGAUUUACAUAGAGCUUUCCUCUUAGAAAAUGGCGGAUUGCGAAAUGGUCCAAUCAUAUUCUGAUACACUUUCAUCUGGAAUAUUAAGUCUUUCUGCUGUGUAAUGUGUUUUUAUUAAAAUAGAAGUAUUAUAUAUUUUGCUUUUAAUUGCUUAGAAUUAUGUAACUUGAAUGACAUGUUCAAACUUGGCAAAGCAUAACAUUGGAAAUUCCACAUUAAAAAG